GCGUCAGCCUAUUUGUCGUCGAGACCUCGUUUUGAUCGCACGGACAUUUCUCCGGAAUCUUCGCAAGUUUAGCCUGGCAAGUUCGUGCCUAGCAGUUCUACAUUGCCCACUCUUGUCACGCACACACAUACACAGGAAUCUCCCCACCGUCGCUCGAUAAUAUACAAUUGCGCUCGCUCGUUAUCUCGUGUUAUACACGUUAAUAAUUGAUAACAAAAGCGAAUAAUUCGUCAAGUACACAUAACCAACGCUCAGUUAGCAAUUGAAGCAGCUACGAGACGAUACAACGCGUUCUGUCUUGCGAUCAAAACUUUUUACUUGGUGCGCUCAGCUCGUUGUUUGUUCCUGAAGCUACGCGCCCAUAUGCUAUUAGUUUAGCGCAAUUAAUAAAAAGUUAAAAGCUACACAAGUGUUAUAGACAAUAUUACGUCAUCAUUUCGUUGUUGCGGAAUAUCGUACCCGAGACAGCUAUUUUGAAGAAAGUGAUAUUGACCAGAAUUUUCCCUACUAACCGUCGUCAAUCCACAACUAUCAAAAUGGGAAUCAACAAGAUGUCUGAGUACCACCCAGAAAUGAAAGCCACUGCUGCGCGCAUCUGUCGUGACUACUUGCGAGGCGUGUGGAAGCACGUUACUCCAGAUAAUAUCAUCUUGAAACGAAUCAGCGGUGGGUUGAGCAAUUGGCUUUACAGUGUCCACUUGCCAGAUGAAGCCAUACCGGUGCGCGGCGAGCCUAGACAGGUUCUCCUAAGACUGUACGGCCAGGUUCAUGGCGAACGUGCCCUCGAGGGCCUGAUCACCGAAUCCGUCAUAUUCACACUUCUUUCAGAGAGGCGGCUCGGCCCGAAACUUCAUGGUAUCUUUCCAGGUGGAAGAAUCGAGGAGUACAUUCCGGCCCGACCUCUGCUCACCAAAGAGUUGGCCGAUCACCAUCUCAGUUCUCUGAUCGCUGAAAAAAUGGCACAGAUACACAUGAUGCAGGUGCCCAUCAGCAAGGAACCCACGUGGCUUUGGGAUACGAUGGACAGGUGGCUCGACACGGCCACCGAUGUGUUGGAAAAUAUCGAAGAGGUCGAAACUAAACAGCUUGCCAACUUCGAAUUUAUCAAGUCCAUCGAUUUGGAGCAAGAAGUCACUUGGUUCCGGUCCUUGGCGAAACAAUACAAAUUCCCGGUUGUUUUCUGCCACAACGACAUGCAGGAGGGCAACAUUUUACUUCGUCAAAAUUCGCCAAAGCAAGAACUGGUUGUGAUCGAUUUUGAGUAUUGUUCUUACAACUACCGAGGCUUCGACGUAGCCAAUCAUUUCCAGGAAUGGCUCUACGACUACACAGCCAAAGACUAUCCAUUCUUUACCGAGCGUACGUCGUGCGGACCAACGAAAGAACAAAAGUACAAUUUCAUUCGUAACUACUUGAGGGUGGCCGGAAAAGAAGGUCAAGCCGAGGAAGAACGUAUGAUGGCAGAGAUUCGUAUCUUCUCGUUAGCCAGCAACUUGUUCUGGGGUCUGUGGAGCAUCGUGAACGCCAAAUUGUCUCAAAUUCCAUUCGGCUAUUGGGAUUACGCAGUAGUUAGGCUAAGACGAUACCAGUACUUAAAAGAAAAACUGCUUAAAACUGGACCACUAUAUCCAGAUGGAGGGUUAAAAAGAAAGGUGACACACCUGGAUUGAAUAGGAUUGCGGUUACCAAGUAAUUACAAUCCUAUUCAAGAAUAUUUGGAAAGACUUGUUUUCGCCACGCGCCCUUGUCAUAGCUUAUGACGAAAACCUUUUGGUAUCGAGUGCAGCCAAGAGGCCCCCAUCCCAAUCAACGACGACGACGGCAAACGUGACUCAGCGAUUGGUCAUCGUAACCAAAGGUCUCCGGCUGUACUACGCGAUACGCAUUUAGGUUCUCGUCGUUACUACGCUGGACGCGCCCCGUUUAUGGAUUAUCCGAUGUUUCAAUACAAACUGACGAGCAGUUGGUACUGCAUCGAACGAGCAGCAGGAAUCCAGGAGCUUUGAACAGACACAUACAUACUCGCGAAAAGUUCCUAAUUCGCGCGGCUCACCUCUUGGUCCAUGAACAUUUUAUCGAAGAUCUUUCAGAUUGAGCGAAAACACGUAGAAACGAUUGCGUUGUGAUAUAGAUCGUAAGUUUUGUAUAUCGGUGGUGUGCACAUCGGCUGCACACUGGUGCUCAAUAAUGACCCGCUGUGUGCUCUCUAAGAGCGACGCGACGUCAUUACGCACAUCGAAUCAGUAUAAUGUGUACAAGAAUUUCGGUUAUCUUGGAUUAUCAUUAUCAAACAAUAAUUCCAAAUUCAUUGGUCGGAUUGAUUAAUCGUCAAUUUCUUGAGUAAUGUUGUCAUCUUAGCUAUUUUUACUUCUGAAUUUUUAAGUAUUCUUCGACACCCAUGAUUAGACUUAUGUCGCAUGACCAUUAUCUAUUUUUUAUUUUUCUGUACCUACAAGCACUUUGAAGGAAUAAUCAGGUAUGAAACCGCAAGGAGGACUCUCCGAGUUCGUUCAACUAGUCUGAAAAUUUCGUUUCUAAUUACUUAAAGUCGGUAUUGGCUCAGGUUCCUUCAUUGUGAUAGUUAACUGCGUAGUUUUUUAAGAAAUCUGUCGAGUCAUCAGCCAAUAAAGAAACAAAUUAAAAAGAGAAUCAAAAUCUAUUAUGGAUCUCUAGUAACUUCACAAUAAUAUAAGAUCAAACAUUUUGAAACUACUUUCAAUAGAACUACUUUUAAUGUUUCUAUCCAAUUAUCACCAUUUAAGUACCUGCAUGAUCUAUUGAUGCCUUCAAUGAAUGAAAGUACUGAUUAAAUGGACGAUACUUGUGAAAUAUCAUACUUAAAAUCUGCGUAAUGUGCUUAAAAAUUAUUAUCAUUUGCUUAAUUUAGUAAAUUAGAUGAUACAUUUUCUAAAGUAUAAUUGACUUUUGUCACUGGGCAAAAAAUUUAAGAAGAAAAAAAAACAAAAUAAUUUGCAAUUCAAUUUAAUAAGUGGUUAAAUUGUAAAGUUUACACUUAAAGUCUGACAAAAGAAUGAUAGAAUGAAAUAGAGUAUAAAGAAUUGUAAUUGCUCAAAAAAAAUUUAAUGUAGCCUUCCUACCUAAGAAUAUUUUCGUAAUAUUAAAUAAGUGAAUGAGAAUCUUAUGUUGAUGUUUUCAUUAGCGAUCUCUUUUGCUAAAAUACGUUUGGUCGGCCGUUUUAUUAAUUGUGAUACGUUGCUGUAUACAGGAAAUUAUUUAUUUAGAAGUAUAGUAUUCAAAAAAAUAAUCCUUGUACGUGCGAUGGGAUUUCGUCUGUUGUAUUCGUGAAUUGUUUCGGUAAAUCGUUUCAGUAUUGUUGCCCGAAAAAACGCACGCAUAAAUUUUUAUGCAGUCAAUAAUGAAUUAUGAAUUUAUAUAGUUUUGUACGGAAAACCUUAUAAAGUCAUGGUUAUGAUGCGAAGGUUUGCGGUGUCAUUGAAAACUAGAAUAUUUUUAAAAUUUAUAGAUUUAUUUUAAUGAAAAAGAGAGCUUUAUUUUAAAAUCCAUCAGAUUAAUCGUUACGAAAUCUACAUGCAAUAAUCAUAUGUACCUAUUGCUGACAAUAUAAUUAUGAUAUUCGAAUAUAAAAUGUAAUAUUUAUUUUAUUUAGUAAGUAACAUAUAUUACUCUAGCAGGGUAUACUUAGUACUUGUAUUAACUAAAUACUUAGCACAUUGUUUUGUAUUGCCAUUAGUUUGAUAAGUUCGAAUGAUUUUUCAAUAAAAAUUUAUUACAAGUUAAUAUUCCAAA